UCGUGCUGCACCUCUGCACAGCGCGCUGUCCCCACAUUCAUUCACAGUCAUUCAACCAAACAGCAGCAAACGUGCACGUCUGGAAGCACAAGAACAAGCACGAGCAACCCACCGCCUGAAGAACCUGUCGCUUUCGGGUUUGUCAGCAAGAAAGAAGACGGAUAUAGCUGUACUCCAAGACCAGGAGGGAUUUGUAUACACGACUUUUAUUCCGCGUUUUUGUUUAAGGCUUUUGGCGGGGUUGAUUUCUUGUUGCCAGGCAAAAACAGAAAGUCCGAGCAGCCAUGAGAGCGCGUACAGUCUGCGGCGCCACGCUCCAUUGCCACUUGUGACCUUCCGCCGAUCGAGCGAAGCCGAAGAUGUCAGCGUGCGGCGAUUUUGCAGAACACGUGUGGAAACCCGGCUCCUGCAAGAACUGCUUCCACCAGCUUAGCGCUCACACGACCUCCAGCCGCCCGGGCGGAGCUGUGCCCGUCGCCACCUGUUUAAAGAGCGGAGGAGAUGACGACGACGCUGUGACUGUGCCCUCUCCCUACAGCAAGCCCACCAUUGCCGUCAAGCCCACCAUGAUGAGCCUGGAUACGGGCAACGCGAUGGCCGACGUCAACAUGAACAUUGAGACGAACACAAAGAGCCCAGUGGAACGUUUGGGCCUGAAGAAGAUCUUGGAUCUUUCUUCACUAUACAUUGACGGUGAUAACUGCAAUAAAAGCCUAAGAGACUCCACUCUUCAAAGUCUGGACACCAAGACUGACUUUUAUUUUUCUUCAUUAUCCAAAGAGACUAUGCUCAUUAGCAAUAUGCUGGUCACGCAAGAUCAAGGUACAGGUCUGCAUAACAGCAAUGGAGACACCUGUAGGCAGCAGAAUAGUACCACUUCCCCCAGAACAAAAAGCACUUAUAAUCCCAGUGCUACCGGGAAGAGAGCUAAUUUUUCUCCUCAGAAAACUGUGGACAAUCCUUUCCCUGUGAAUGUUGGUCCAGCCAGUCCUGCCAAAGCGUAUAGCAAUGGCAUCAGCUGUGGGAGCACCACUGUGCUAACCACAAAAGCAUCCAUGACAUCCAGCACUUCCGCCAGUUCCUUAACCUCAUCUUUAUCUGUGGGCGCUCUAAAUAACAGUCAGCCAUCCAUCUACUCGCCUCCUGUCUUGUCCAAACUAAACAGCCCAUUAGAUGACGACUCCUCCCUCGGUAGCAGCACAGAUUCUCUCCCGGUGACAGAGGGUUCUGUUGGCAGCCCCCAAAGUCCACUAGCGACAGGCAACUCUGUGCCCGGUUCUCCCAGCGCACCGGAGUCUGAGCCCAUUUACGCGGAGAGCACCAAGAAAAAGCGCAGGCCGCUGGGAAACGGAGCUCAAUGCCAUCUGGGUGCCUCAGACCGGACUAACAACUCUGAACACUUAGAAGGACAGCGGACCACCAUCACUGUGAUAGCUGCGCACAUGGAGGAGAACAACAGGACAUUCUACCUGAGCAGCCCCGAUUCGGCCGUCAGCACCCACUGCCAAUUCAGCCCCACGGCGCGCAAGGACACCAGCGGCACCGCGUUCCGCUGGCCCAGCCCCAGCCGCAGUGCUCCCUCCUUGGUAGCCGAAUCCAGCCAUGGUCCCGCUUUACACCCCAAGCCUCAAUCUAGCCCGCCCAUUCCACCAAAAAGGACCACCCGGUCCCCCAAACUGGGCACGUCCAGCCUUUCACCGUCCGUCUCUUCACCGGUUCCACUUCCAGACCUCCCCAGACUGGGCAGCUCAUGCCUCUCGCCAUCAUUAUCUUCUCCUGUUCCUCUCCCUGAACUCUCCAUGCUCUUCCUGGUCUCUGCCAAAGAGGGACACUUUAAAGUCCAGCCAGAAAACCACAACCCGGCUGCGUUCGAGCGCUGGAACAAGAACCACCACCACGGCUCUGCCUGGAAUUGCCGGAUUGAUGAGGAAGAGGAGGAGGAAGAGAGAGAGCGGAAAGAGUCUGAAAAGAAGACACUGACUACUAAUCCCCAGACAACAUCUCGUGUGACAGGCCCAGUCAAUAGCGCUGCUGUUUGGAAGGAGUCCAGAGUCCGCAACAAGGCUUUGACCAGCCCCCCUCCGACGAAGGAGCCAGGCACGACCCCCCCGCUCGUGCCCGACAAUGGUGCUUGUCAGACGGACGGCGAGGCCGCCGCCGCAGAGGAAGACGCCAAACAGAGCAGGAGCAUGCCGGCCAAGCAACACGAGAGCUCAAUGGAGCCUCUGGCAGUGGGGAAGCAGGUAUCAGCUAGACAAGAGUCCAAUCCACCACCUCCUCCACCUCCUCCCAAGAAACAGCACAGAGCGUCUGGUCAUUUGAGCAGCAGCAACAUGGAGCUGAACCGCUGCGUCCAGAUAGGAUCGCAUGAGAGUCCCGUCACAUCCCUUCGAGACCUUGGCAACGCCGGCCUCCCAACUGCCUCCACUGACAGUCUGACCACCGAUCUAGGUUCCCGGGAUGGACUGUGGUUAUCCUGCUCUUCUCCGUUCCAGAAAAGUCCAGUGCCAUCAACGCCAUGUUCUCCACGCCCUCCAACUUUUAGCAUCUCGGCCAAUCAGCCGCCUCCACUGCCGGAGAAGAAAAUGGUCAACCGCACCGUGUCAGCCCCAGACAGCGCCACGACCAAGGCUUUUGUCCGGGCCUACCCUCGCCUCCCGUUUACCGGGUCGGAAACCAAUGUGUGCAGACCCAAUGAUUCCAGCUGCCGGGCCAGUUUACCGUCCAGUCCGGUAGACUCGAGACCUGUUUUCUCCUCCAAUGAGUCACUGGAAAAUUGUCACGCUCCCCUCGGCCGACCCUCCAGAACCCGGACUUCGGACGAGCCUUUUAAGAAUCACGGCCGUUUAGGUGUCCAUUGCCGAAGCAGCAUCACUUGCUCCUCCUCCCCUCAGCUUAGCGCCCCAUUUUCGGCAUCCGAAGCCGGGCCGGCGCCCAACCUGGGCUCCGGUUUGCAGCUGCAGACCCUCUUGAGUAAUAUCGACAGUCGGGAGGGCGUCUACUCCAAACUGGGCGGCUUGUACGCAGAGUCCCUGCGCCGGUUGGCUCUUAAAUGCGAGGAGCACUUCACGAGCUCGCAGAGAAAUCGUCUUAGGUUUGAAGAGAGCAACUGGUCACUGUUCAGACUUACGUCCAACAAACCCAGCUGUGAUGCGGGAGAUGCCGUCUACUAUUCGGCCGCCUGUGCCUCUGAUCCCAGCAACUCCUAUGCUGUUAAGAUAUGCAAGAGUCCAUCUCCAGAGGCCAAGCAGGGCCACCUGUACGGCCUGUCGGUGCAGCAGAGCAUGCCCCCGCACUUUAACCUCCAACAGGACUGCGGCCACUUCCUGGCGUGCGUCCCCCAGAGCAUGUUGCCCUCGGACCUGGCUCCGUCACCCACGUCCUCGCCCCGGACCCGCCGCAGGCAGGCGGAACGCGAGCGUGUGGUGGUCAUCGCGCCAGAGAUCCCGCGGCAAACGGCGGCCGACUUCGUCCGCGAGUUCGAGGCCUUCCACAAAAGCCAGCCGGAGGUCUACGAGCGCCGCGUCUGCUUCCUGCUGCUGCAGCUGUGCCACGGCUUGGAACACUUGAAGGAGCACGGGGUGACGCACCGCCACCUGUGCCUGGAGAAUCUCCUGCUGGUUCCCCACCCGCCGACCCCUUCGCCCCAACAAAGCGAGACGAGCGGCGUGUUUAGUCAGCGCCAACUUCCUCGACUCCUCAUUAGCAACUUCGCAAAGGCAAAGCGCCGCUCGGCCGAGGACGCCGCGUCAUCUGGGGCGGACCCUCGCGUCAAACGGGACCACGCUCGCUUGGCGCCAGAGAUCGUGUCCGCUGCCCAGUACCGCAAAUUCGACGAAUUCCAGACGGGCAUUCUUAUCUACGAGCUCCUCCACCAGCCAAAUCCCUUUGAGGUGAGUCCGGCCCUGAAGGAGCAAGACUACCGCUGCGAGGACUUGCCGUCCAUACCGGCCGUGUCACUGUACUCAGCCGGCCUGCAGAGGCUAGCCCGCCUCCUGCUUCAACCGGACCCUAUCAAGCGCAUCCACAUCCAGGACGCCAAGCGCAUCCUGCAGAGCCUCCUGUGGGGGCCCCGGAAGGACCUGAUGGAUCAGCGGUGGGAUCGUAACGGGCCGGGCGGCAGGGAGCACUCAGGGGCAGAAGGCGCCCGGCGUGAGGGCCUCCUCAACUGGCUGGACGUGAAACGGGCGCUGCUCAUGAUGAAGUUCGCCGAGCGCUCGCUGGAACCCGAGCGCGAUGCCGAGUUGGAGGACUGGUUGUGCUGCCGUUACUUCUCCUCGGCCCAUCCGCUGGCGCUGUGUCACACCGCAGAGUUGCUCUACUCGCUCAACUGACCGGCGUCGGGAGAUGUCACCUAGACUGGAAGGGAGUCCCCCAAGGCUCUAUCCUCGGUCCCCACUUGUGUUGGUGACCAGAUUGUGCAGUGCUUUUCCACUUCAAAUGGAGAUACUUGGAACCUUACUGCCCGUCCAUUUUGGAACUCCUGCCAAACUAUUUAAAUGCGUAAUACUAAUAGAUAUUGGACUGAUAUUUGAUUGUGUCACGCUCGCUAAUAUUCUAAGCGGCAUCUUUGGAGGAUGACUGAGCUCACGUUGUGAGGAACUGCAGUUUUCUUAAAAAAAAAAAAAAAAAUGCAAGCUCAUCCCUUAGAAUGGAAAAAUAAAAGUAUCGUUAUCAUGUGUUGUACUGUGCUGUCCCAAUGACAUGAUAUGCAACGACUCGUUAUUCCUCUUUGUGAUGAUGCCGUGCCUUUUGUUCCUCUCGUGUUUUUGUGUCAAGCCAGCAUGUAAAUAUUUUUUGUGGAACUGGAUUUUCACAACUACACUCCCAUUUGGUUUUGUAAAGUUGAUUGUGAAGGUCUUUAGAAAAGAUGAGCAGCAGUUCAAAGUAAUAUUUAUGAAGUCGUUUGUUAUCAUCACUGGAAGUUUUUGUGUUCACGGCAGCCUAGUUUUUCUGGUUUAUGUUUUCAAGUGGCAAACAUUUGAUUCUUAAUAAAGUGCUUGGUGAGUGAGAGAUAACAAGGACAAUAUGGUUUGGGGGGAAGUAUCAAGUAGUUGUGAGUGUCGUGUCUACCAAUAAACUGCAUUUAUUUUCUCA